UCAGGGACUUCCCUCUUUGGUUUUUGGACAAAGAUCAGCUCCUGCCGUGCACGACUUACCCUCAGCCUCCCUGACUGACCCAGUGCUCCAGGCUCUGCUCCAAGGAUCCACAGAUCACAGCUCCUCAACUCCAUCCAGGAUGCGGUGUCAGGAUCUCCACCAGUUUGGUCAGAAGCUGGUCCGCAGGCAGCUCCUGGAGCCCACCGAGGAUUCUGAGAGUCCCACGGCUCCUCUGAACACCCUGAAGCUGGUGGCCUUCGGUGUGGCCAGCACCCUGGGGGCCGGCGUGUACAUCCUGGUGGGAGAAGUGGCCAUGUUCAUCGCUGGGCCAGCGAUCGUCAUCUCCUUCUUGGUGGCCGCCCUGUCUUCUGUGUUGUCUGGGCUCUGCUAUGCCGAGUUUGGGACACGGGUCUCGUGGACUGGUUCUGUGUAUCUUUACAGCUACAUCAGCAUGGGAGAACUAUGGGCUUUCAUCACUGCCUGGAACCUCAUCCUGUCCUAUGUCAUUGGCUCGGGCAGCGUGGCCAGGGCCUGGAGCAUCGCCUUCGCCAGCCUGAUUGGGAACCACAUCUUUCAGGCCUUAGAGGGAACUUUCUCUCCAUAUAUGCCCUACUAUCUGGCCAAGUAUCCAGACUUUGUCGCCCUGUCCCUGGUGCUGUUGCUCACGGGAGUACUGGUUCUGGGGGCUCGUGAGUCAGUCCUGGUUGGAAAAAUAUCCACAGGCAUCAACCUUUUGGUUCUCAGCUUCAUCAUCCUCUCUGGCUUCAUUAAGGGAGACCUGCACAACUGGAAGCUCACAGAACAGGACUACACAUUGAACACGUCUGAAUCUGGUGACAUCUAUAGCUUGGGCCCUCUGGGUUCUGGAGGGUUUGUGCCCUUCUACUAUGACGGAAUUCUCCAUGGAGCAGCUCUAUGUUUCUACUCGUUUGUGGGUUUUGAUGACAUUGUCACUAAAGGGGAAAAAGCCCCAAAUCCUCAUCGCUCCAUCCCCAUCAGCAUCAUGAGCACGGUCUUCAUCUGCUUUUUGGCGUAUUUUGGUGUCUCGGCGACUCUCACCCUCAUGGUGCCCUACUACCAGAUUCAGCCUGACAGCCCUUUUCCACAGGCUUUCGUCCAUGUUGGGUGGGGCCCUGCCAGAUAUGUCGUGGCUGUUGGCAUCCUCUGUUUCCUUUUAUACAGACUGCAGAGCUCCUUGUUCCCCGUGCCUCAGGUGAUCCAGGAAAUGGCAGAGGAUGGGCUCCUUUUCAGAGGACUUUCUCGGACCCAUGCCUGCACAAAGACCCCCAUCAUGGCCACCAUGUCCUCUGGAAUUCUUGCAGGGAUCAUGGCGUUGCUCUUUGAGUUCAGUAAUCUGGUGGACCUCAUGUCGAUUGGACACCUGCUGGUUUACUCCUUGGUGGCGUUCUUUGUCCUUGUCCUCAGGUGA